UCUCCCGUUUCCUCUUGGCUUGUCCAGUGAAAAGAGCAUAACAGUUUACAAGUGGCAGCCAGCACUUAACCACGCGAUGAGGGACAAGAAACUAGCUACGCGCGUGAUACCCGCUCGCGGAUUAAACUGGAGCGAGUUCGCUUCCCUCUUCGCUCGUUACAUCUAAUUUCUGUUAUUGAUCAUCCUUCUUUUUCUUCCUGUUAUCGUCGUUGUGCUCUGAAACACGCGCGAGUGAUGUGACAAAUAAAUAAUUAAACAUUUAUCCUUUUACUUUACAAAUCUACGAUUAGUGCUCUGGAUGAAAUUUGCUUGUAAACGCGCGAAUAUUUUAUGGAUUUCUCAAUGGAUCAACUUCUAUGGGUCGAGAAUGGAACACCAAGUAUCAAAUCGUAAUAACUACCAUUCUGCUCAAUCUUCGCAAACUGCAACUGCAAAUGCAAGUUUGUUACCCAUUUAAUCGCAAAAUUUAAGUACUUGAACAGUGAAUCCUAGAUAAUUGACACUGCCUCACAAUACUCUUUCAAAUAAAAAUAUCUGACUUCCAAAAAUAUUACACUUCAAAUAUUAUUAAGUCCAUAAAGACCUCUCUGCUCCAUAAGCCGAGUAGCAAAUAAAGAAUUUUCUCGGUUGCACUUUAUUUGUUCGAAGCCAGGUGUCAUUCAGAGUGAGCAAGAUUGACAUUCACCUUAUCCCGAAAGAAAAUAGAAAGGAAAAAGUAAAAUGUUCGCGUGAUAAGCUAGCACUUUCGUGAUACUGUUACGUGGCCAGUGCUCUCUGGAUAGAAAAAAGAAGCUACGAAUGGAAAGUGAUACGGAGCCGUCUUCUAUUCGCCGACAUUGCGGUCUGCGAAGGAAGUGCACGCGUUUCACCUGUUGAUAUCCAGUGUGAACCAUAGGCACGUCGUUUCAGUCGCGUGCCGGCUCGUGAACAGAACAAAAACGCGUAUCAACGACGAUCGUUCGCGGUAAUUUACGCUUCUUCGAGUGCAAUUUGUCGCUAUCGAGGCGAAACGUGUCGGACUAUAACGGUGAGAAACCGUAAACGAUCACGAACCGUAGGUAAUCAUCGUGUACGUUGCUCUGUACGAUUCAGCGUUCGUUUCUGUACAAAUAGUUUCUGCCGCUCGUUAGAAACGUGCUUUCCAAUCAGUUCGGACGCGGUACGGUUUUGUUACUGUGCGUCUAACGGAAAAGUUUAUUUCUGAUCAAAAACGCAUCCGAGUAUUCCACGCCGCUGGAUCUACCGGCAACUCAACAUUUCCUCUUUUAUACUGUCGGGAAUUCUUGAAAUGUUACGCAGACACGAGAAAAAGAACUGCAAAUAACUGAAAAUAAAAAACUGAAUUGAUAAAAAGUUCGGAAUGCAAGAUGUAAGAUGUUCUCUACGUAAAUGUAUUUUCAACUUGGUAUCAGAGUACAAAGUCUUAGAAAGAUUUUGUAGAAUAAGACUUUCACUUUCAACCAAAAAUCGGCAGAUAAUCGAUCGCUUAUAAUUAAAAAUAAUGCCCGUUGUUAUCAAAAUGGGUCACUGAAGAGUACAAGCAGUACCGAGAAGCGUAAUAACGAUAUAUCGCCGAACUAAUCUCAGAUAAUUAAAAUGAAUCUCUACUGCAAAAGCGCAUCCCAAAAUAAUUUUCCUUCGCCUCAGAGGAGAUAUAAAAUGCCCAGACAUAAGUGAACGAAACCGUAUAUCUGCAUACUCAUUUUCUAGUUCAGGUCUCUGAGAAAUUAGUCAGAGAUCUUGUGCACAUUCAGAAAGGCACGUUUCCUGUAGCUUGAAUCUCGAUCAAAAGCAACGCUGUUCGUCACCGGAAGCGUCUGCAGAUUCAUCGGUCUUCUUCGAAUGACCAGGAAAAAAGGAGGCCACACCGCGAGCAUCCUCUGCUAGGCGGACUAACGAGAAUUCGUAUCUCUUCCGGUCAGUUCGUUUCUUCGAAAAUGUCCAUUAACGCGUGACAUGCCAUCGACGCGAGGCGAAUCAUGCAGUAACAAGGACUGUUACUGCGUGAUCUGUCGCGAGCUGAAGGAUUACAAGAUGGCCGGAAACGCGGAGAGUCCUCAGGUUCGUCGCGAGGGCAUCAACUUCAUCCUCCGUCGCGGUUUGCCCUUCGUGAACAGAUCGCCGUCGAAGGAAUGGCUGGAGACCGAUUUGAAGCGCGACGAGAGGGAAGACAUCACGUUGGAGGAGAAGAGUCACCCACCGGAAGUGGACAGGGCGAUGACGCCAGUCGGCAACGUCAGAAGAACCGACAAAGACGUGGCUCAUAAAACUGUCAUCUACUUCGGGGACUCGAAUCAGAGACAGAAGGAGAACAGGCUGAGAGACGCUUGCUCGAAGGAGGAGAUGGAGAAAACCGAGGCGGAUGGCGCAGAAGAUGACGCGAUGUGCAAGAGACAACGCUCGAUGGCGAAUCUGCUGGAAAACGAGGACGCCAAGGUCACUCACGAAAUCGUGGUGAACGUUACUCCGAGCAGAGAGGACGUGUUGAAGAUCGAAGAGGACGAGAGCCAGGUCGAGGAUUAUUGGUCCUUGCCCGGGGACAACAGCGGGUUCAAGGCUGACUGGAGCUUCGUUCAGCAAUGGCGCCUGAGGGGACCCAGUGGUGGCAGUGGGCGAGAAUUGUACUGCCCUCCAUAUUCGAAGGACUUCACGGAAAGUUCGCCGAAAAACGGUGUUCACAAUAUGGUUCACAUGGUAGCGGAAAGGGACACGGAUAGCGUGGCACCAACGCCAACGCCUCAGCACCCUCAUCAUUCUCAACACCACCAUCUCAGUUUACACGAAAUUCGUGCGCUUCAGAGGCGGCCAGAAUGUACCGGUAAUAGCUCUUCAGAUGAGAAUCGAUCGUCGGGACAUGCAAGCAUGUCGGACACGGGUGGCCACACUAGCAGCAGUUCACCACCGCACCGUCACCACAGGGCACACAGUCCUCAGCAGUUGAACUCCGUACCCGAAGACGAUCGUUUGUCGGCCUCGGUUACGCAGAGAAAUGGCAGGAGUAGGUCCGGCCAGAAUCGCAACAGACAUAGAGCUACACCUGCCAAGUUACAGGUACCCUGGUCCGGUUCCGGUUUAGAAGACAUCAAACUAGCCAUCCAGCAGCUCACCAUGCGAUCUCACAAGUCAUCUUCGACGUACUCCUCCUUAAGCGGCUCCGAGAGUUCAGAACCAGCUGUAAGGAGGUUGAUGAGACAUUCCAGCUUGGAGACUAUCAACACCAACGUGACCAGCGCUGACGAAUUCGUCUGGGUAGACUCGCACAAUAGGCUGGUGGAACUGCAGCAAUUACCCUGGACUCAUCACGAUGUGCUACGUGUUUUGCAAAAUGGUCGGACCAGGGAACACAUGGAGCAAGUAUCUAUGGAGACGAUACCGCGACUCUCUUACUUGUUGCAACGUGCUCUGGUCAGAGUCGGUCGAGAAACGCAGAGAUUGGCCAAACCUGUUGGUCUUUGUAGCAAACACGAAGUGUACAGCGCGUUCAAGAUCGUGCUUUGUCCGGCGUUGGCUGAUUCUUGCACCAAGGCAUGCUUAAGAGCUGCAGCCAUGUUCGCAGUAUCCGGUGAUCAACUGAAGCAGUCGAAGGCUUCUAGGUCUGGAUUGCAGCUACCCGUAGGACGAUUUCUUCGUUGGAUGUCAGACGUACGACUUGGAAGAAUGAUACAUGAAUACGCGGCGAUAUAUUUGACUGCGGGUAUUGAAAAUCUCCUGGAAGAAAUAUUGUUACAAUGCAUACCGACCGAUCCGCACACAACGUUAACCGCGACGAUGUUGGAGCAUGCUAUAGCGAACAGCGGAGAUUUAUGGGGUCUUCUGCAACCGUAUGCACACUUGAACGCUGGUCGAACAGCAUCAGGUGCUCUUGCAAUGCCGCGUUGGGCAAGCGUAAGUUCUUUAAAUUCCUCUUCGUCAUCUCGCAGUGGAAGGGACGCAGCGAAUUCGGCACUGGAACCGUCGCUGUUAACCACCUGUGUCGGGUCGAUGUCAGAGCUAAUAGAUUUAAUCUCUAAAGUGGCACAAGCCGGACGUUCACCUAUACCAUUAACAACCAAGGCGCUGAACGCUUUGUUCUACUACAUGAGGUGUUCGCAGUUGGAACACGGCGAACGAGGUUCCGGGAUACAAGAGCUCGCUUAUGAACGAGCGUACGUUGUCCUUCCGCCGUUGGUCGAGUGGCUACGUGUUGCAACUGCUCAUGCAGAACAUAGACACGGUCUCGUUGUAGAUCAAGACGAUAUUAAUCAAGCUGCUAGGCUGCUAUUGCCUGGAGUAGACUGCCCAGUUAGACCUAUAUGCUUCGAGGAAGUAGCGGUCUGCUCGAAACGCAUCGAUGACACCGAAUACGUUCGUCUUCUCACGAUGGAUAUGGCCUUUAAAAUGUUAACUAGCGGUCGUACGGAUCUGAUCGCACAAGCCAUGCCUCUUUUGCCAUCAACGAAGAUCAAUACGGUGAACGACAAUGGCUUCACCGCACUGAUGAUAGCAUGUAUCAACGGUGAUGAAACAGCUAUAUUAGCUCUGUUGGAUGCUGGAGCAGAUUUGAACAUUGAAAGUCCACCACCACCGACUGGUCAAUUGGCGAACACACCUUCCAAGGUUCCGGUAACACCAGGUGUAUCGAAUGCUAGGAGUCCGGUUACGCCAUCUUCGAUAGUGUCCUCUGGAAAAAGUAUGCAGUCUUCAGGUUCAGCUUCUAGUUUGCCAAAUGCAUCCAGCAAUAUUUCAAGCAACGUAUGCUGCAAUCAAACUGGAUUCAAUGCUGAAACUCAACACUGGACCGCUUUAACUUACACGGCUUUAAUGGGACAUUGUAAUAUCGCCAGAAUAUUGUUAGAAAGAGGUGCUGCGGUUGAAGGUGGUGCUAAACCCAGUGAAGAUAAAUGUACAGUUACUCCACUGCAAGCUGCUACAGCAACUGGUAACAACGAAAUGGUGGCGUUGUUAUUAGCUCACGGUGCUCAGCCAUUCUUGUCGACUUUGAUCAAAGACUCCUUUUCUUACUCUGGUUCUGCCCAACGUGGUUGUUACAGCGCAAUAUCGGUAGCGACAGCUCAUGGUCAAAGGAGCUGUCUUCAUCAGUUGUUGUCUCAUCCACUAAACUUUUCUGCCAAGAGAGGGGAAAAAGAAGUAUUGUCUUUGGAAGAGAUUCUUGCGGAAGGUAGCGCAGCCACUAGUCCACAACAGCAAACCGUAGAUGGAAGAGGAAAUCGAAGGGAAGGGAAGGAGCCAGUUUUUAAUAAGGUUCAAACAAAAGCUUUGCAAGAAGCAAUGUAUCACAGCGCUGAAAGUAAUCAUUUAGAUAUAACAAUGGAACUCCGCGGAUUAAAAGUAGGUUGGACAUUACAUUGCUGGAUGCAUAGUCUCGCAACGGCUCAUGAAAUGAGAUUAGAUUCCGUGAUAGAUCAAUUGCUUCAAGAUUUCCUUCAAGUGUGUCCAGAUGAUUAUUCGACACAAUUUGUACAGGAAUGUCUUCCUUUGUUAUUUAACAUUUUUAGGUACAGUAAGAAAGAAGGCACGACGCUACUUCUUGCUGAUAUUUUCUGUACAUGUUUUGGAUGGGAACCGAUAAAACCUAUUCGAGACACUACACUUUCAAGUGGAUCAAGAAUAGAUCCUAAAUUUGUAAAUAAUCCAGAGUUAAGCGAUGUACAGUUCAGAGUGGAGGGUAGAGUUUUCUAUGGCCAUAAAAUUGUUCUAGUAACAUCGUCUCCAAGGUUUAGAAACAUGUUGAGUUCCAAGUUAUGUGAGGGGAAUCCUCCGAUUGUACAAAUCAAUGAUAUACGGUACCACAUUUUCCAGAUGGUUAUGGAAUUCUUAUAUCACGGUGGAUGUGCCACGUUAGAAGUUAAUCAAAGUGAUGUCUUGGAGCUAAUGGCUGCUGCAAACUUUUUCCAGUUAGACGGUUUGCUUAGGUACUGCGAAGCACAGUGCUCGUCAAUGGUUGAUCUUGAUAACAUCGUUUCUAUGUACAUUCAUGCAAAGGUUUAUAACGCGACUCAACUGUUAGAAUACUGUCAAGGAUUUUUGUUACAAAAUAUGGUUGCUUUAUUGACAUACGAUGACUCGGUUAAGCGCCUAUUGUUUGCUAAAAAACUGCCAAAUCACGACGUCCUCGCGGGCCUUCUUCUUACUUUACAAGCAAGAAUAAAAACUAGACGAUCUCAACAACAAAAUAAAAUAAAAGCUUAGAGAUAUAAUGUAUCCAGUAUAGUGGUAUCAUCAUUAUCAUUUCGUUUCCGCUUUUGUCAAGUAUAGUUAUCAACAUAUUUAGGUGACGCCGUUUAAUAAAAAGUAAGAUAUGUACAUUAAUUAAGACUGAAUGUUUCAUGACUUAUCUUUAAUUCAUUAUCAGGUAUUUAAAUAUAAAUCUCCAGUAAUUUAUAUCAGAGAUUAUAAUUUUCAUGCGAUUAUUCUUUUUUUCAAGGUAUUAGUAGAAUUUAAGAAUGAUACAUGUGAUGCAAAUUAUACACCUACAUAUUUUAUUCUUGUUGUAUAAUACUUCUUUAACUACUUUUUGUAAACUACAAAGUAUAAAAUAUCAAUGUAUAUUAUAUAUCGUUUGCACUAUCAAAAUGACAUACUUCAUUAUAAAUGAAUUUUAUGCAUGUAUAAUAAUUAAGCAGUUUAAUUUUCAAAAAUAAAUGUCCAACUCGGCUUUAAGUAAUAGUGUAAAUAAUAAAAUUAAUUAUCAUAAAAUAUGCAGUAUAAUAUACACUAUAAAUUAAUUAUCUAUCACUGUUAAACUAUUAAUAUAUGCAACAGGUAAAUAUAUAUCUUGUAAAUAAAACGGAUUAAACAUUUUAUACACAAUGCAAAAAAGAUGUUAAAACAGAAUAUAAUUCUCCUUCUAAACAUAAUUUAUUCGUCGCGAUUGCAAGAAAUUAUAAAUAUUGUGAUACGGUGCAGUCUCGCUAUAUAGCCGUUUUUCGGAUCAUCAAAUUUUUUACGAUAAAUCGAAUUUUGUUUAUAGCUCUUUCUAUAAUUUUCUGUUCUGCAACAUCGGCCAUAUAUCAAGACUCCACCGUAACUAAAUAAUCAUUGUUCCAUUUCCCAAUACUUAAUAAAAUUGUUUAUACUUUUUAUUAGGCUUUUGUUUACACAUAAUUAUUAGAUUUUAUAGUAUUUAUCACAAUACAGGAAUUUAUUAAAAACUAAAAAUAUAAAGAGAAAAAUCCAUGCAAAGUAAAAUAUUACGCUAAUAUAUGCUAUUUAAUGCUCGCAAAAUCCUUAUACAAUAUAUUGCUCUUUUUUGUAUUCUGUUUGAAUUUGAAUAAAUAAAAUCCUUACUUCGUAAUAAAAUGUUACAAACAACGCGGCGCAUUCAGAAGAGAAAAAGAAAAGACGAAACUGAAUUCAAUACUUAAUACUACUUUGUAACACACAGUUCAUUAUCACUUUAACAAAAUUGUUAUCAUCGAUAGAUCUGCGUAUGUUAACGAUGUAACAAUGUUAGCAUUUAUAUAUAUAAUGUGAUUUAUUUUGAAUGUCAAUGGUUAGUUGUAUAUACAAUAUUUAAGUUAUAAUCUUAAUGAUACUGUAAUCACUGGAUUUUUAGAUUUUGGAAUGCCUAAUAAUCAUAUGAAUCAAAUCGAUCUUCAAAAAAUGGCUGUCUCAAUCUUACAAUUAUAUGUAAUAUAUUUCUCAUUGUUAACCUUGUAAGCUUUAGCAGAUGUACAAGCGAUCUAUAAUAAACGAUAAAAUCCUAAUGAAGACUGAUUAUAAAAAUUAUAUUCACAGUUUUGUACAUUUCUAUUACGUUUCAUAGAUUAAGAUUAGAAAAUUUUGUCACUUCGUGUAUGUUCAUACAAACUUCCAUUUAAUACAUUAUAUGCCUAAUAAGGAUUUCAAUGAUAUAAUUUGUCAGAAAAAACGUCAACUUAAAAAUGAUUUUCAAAAAAUGUUAUUAUAUGCAUCCUUUGUAACAUGUACAUACAAUUGUGCACAUAUUACUACAAAUUUUUUAGUACCUGUGUUUUUAUAAAAACAAAAGAUAUCAAGAUUUAAGCACACGAAAUACAUAAUUUAUUUACAUAGUAAAACAUUUAAAAUGGAACAUUUUAAAUGAUUAACAUUUAUGUAAAAAACUAUGUAAGUUUAUAACAAAAUUGAAAUAUAUGCAAAUAAGUGAUAAAGCAUGAAUAGAAUAUUUCUGUACCUUGUUUACAGCAUGUAGAAAUUUAUAUGCAAACUGAAAUAUAAAAAUAUUCUAUAUAGCACUAUAAUAUAGUUGGCAUACACAAACCAUGUUCAGUUACUUAAUGAUAGAAAAUUUCUUAUUUUAUAGCAAACAAAUUAGCGAAAGAAGCACUUACUGAAACCAAAGACGUACCGUAACAUUUAAUUAUCACUUUUCAUCACAUUCGUUUGAUUAAUAAAAAAAUUGAGCAAUGCCUAUGGGUAACAUUCGGGUGUAAUAAAAAUAUUGUAUUUGUUGAAGAAAAUUGCAAGUUGAAACGUACCAGCACAUAUUUUUAUAUAGAAUUAUAAAAAAAAUAAUCGAAAUGUUACUUAUUCGAUAUACCUUAUUUAGAUCGUUUGUUACCAAUCAUUUAACACCAAUUAAUUUAGUGCCACAUUUAUUCUGUAUAGUUCUUACGUAGAGAAACUAAUCUUCUUGAAAAUUAUUUUGCA